AUGAAAUAAAUAGUUCGUGCUGUACGUAAAAGUAGAUUAUAUUCUAUUUGUUUAGUGUUAAUUUUAAUUUUGUUAUGAAUUAAAAACAGUAGAAAGAUGUGUGUCUGCGAAUUUGAUGGACAUAAAACUGGUUUCGGAAGCGCGUGCCGCCCGUUCCAUGCGUCCCGGACAUGAAGAUUUAUUUUCUUGAGAUUUUUCACCGAUUAGACCCCAAAGAUGAAGCUGAAAGUGCACGCGCAGCGCAAGUUUGCGCAAGGCGCGUUCAUACCACCAAGUGCGUCGGCCAACACCGCCGAUCGACGUGUGGACGUCACACCAUCCAAAGACGAGAAUAAAAAUGUCUACUUUAACCAUAUGUCUGCAGUGAGCCUCCUGGACAUGGUUGCGUUCAAAAACAUGCACACGCACACCGAGCCUGUGGUGCUUUUAGAACGUCUCGAGGAGAUCCAGGAGACCAUUAAGGACACACCGCUGCCUGAGAUCAAUGGUGGUGCCAAGAUAAGCCCAGGGGCCAAGAAUGCUAUGCUUGCCCCCCCUACCACCAGAAACAAGCCCGGAAGACCAUUCCGUUACUUACAACCGAAGAGGACCGGCGGGUUGAAUGUUGUUCAAAGGGUCCAGAGGCCACAGAAUAUGCAUUUGAGGUCUCGUCUGGGAUCAUCGUUCAAGACAAGACGUCCAGUUAAAAAGAAAAACAGGGAUAAACCAAAUGCGGUCACUCGCGACCUUCGGAGGCACCGCGUGCCUUCCCCGACUGAGAGUAUCUAUGCCACUGAUGACGAAAAGCCGUUGACAUAUAUCGCGCAAGUGCUACGUCGCACCGUAGCAUUACGCAGCGAUCGGAAUCUACGCAAGAGAAUAGGUGACGAGUUGACUUCGACAUCUAAAAGACGAGCACGAGUCCCCGUCCCGGCUCGGACGCCAAAAGCUACGAAAACCAGUGCACAAUCAGGCCCGUCGUCAAAGGUCACUGACAGGAGCUCUGCUUCGGACUACGACACUGACUCUGGGUCCAUACCAAGCACGCCCAAACAAAAUGCGACUAAACCAGCCCCCAACCAACCGACCAAACCACCCUCCAACGCUAGCAACGGGUUCAAAGUCAAUGAAGGUGCUGGCACCAGCAAACAAUCGGAAUCAACCCAGUCGCCCAAAGAAGUAGAAAACAAGUCUACGCUUCAGGAAAUAGAUGGCGGCACACUGAAACCAAAGCCGCUGCCUCCCGUUGCGUCCAGUCCGUCACACACACAGACAAAUCCACCAAGCACAAGAGCAGACAAAAGCAAAUACCAAAUGAGGACCGAAGCAUUAUCCUCUAUGAACAGAGCCACAAGGGCUGAAAGAAUGAUGGCCAUUGCAACAGCUGAACGAGGAACGCAAAAGCGCCAAGUUAUACCGCCGAAGCCACACCAGAUAUCGGACACCAGUUACCCGUCGCGGCGACAUGCCACGAUGAAACGCGUACCACACAAGGUGACGGUGGAGGAGCUACAUCGGGCAUUAGAGAAGGCCUGCCAGUCGCCGCCGCCUAGCGAGCUCGACAAGCCUGACGCGGAGGCAGGCCCGUCCAAGCUGCGCAGGAAGAACUGCUCAGAGUCACCACCAGAUCCAGAAAGUACUUAUAACCGCAAGCCAGAGAUUGAGUCUGAACCGAGGAGAUUCCGAUUAGAACCAACGAGACCGUCUGCGAUAGCUCGGGAUAAAUCCGUUUCUCUUGGAGAAAUGAUCAAAGGCAAACGGAACUAUGAAAAGUACCCGGUUCCGUUGGACACUCCGCCGCAGUUCUCAGACCCCGAACCCGGGCCGUCCAAAGUCCGCAAGAAGAAACCCUACACGACACCUGAUGGUCCUGAGGAACCAAUUCGGAUUUCGCCGGACCGAGAUUCGCCCACACCCCUUGUGCCUCCACUUCGCCGCAAGAGAACGUUAUUAGGUAUGAUGCGUAUGCGUAAACGUAUGAACACGCCGGAGCCACUACGCGACGGCCCUUUCCGCAAAUCGCCUCCCAAAGAACGCAGUCUGCUAGAUAUAAAAUCUCACGACCGGCCACGCGAGCCCACUCAGCGUCAGUUGGAUUCAGCGCCCCCGUCAAAAUCAGUCGAGCACAAAGCAGAAACGCCCACAAAACCGACUAUGUCACGUCUUGAACCGACUAUCGAACCAAAGAGCAAACCAGCUGAUAUCGAAAUCCCUGCUGACCGGAUAGCGCGGUGCGCCACUUCCCGCAGACCCAUCGUCGAAGGCUGGCUGAAGAACGUCUUGUACCAACAGGAAGACGAAAAGAGCCCACACUUCAAAGUCCCUCGCAUUCCUGUUGCUAGAAAAAGCUUAGAGCGACGCCCUCUCAAACUCUCAGGGAACGAGAGGGAGUACAACCAAACCUCUGCUGAACCUCACCUUCCUGCCCCCAUAGAAAUCGAAGAUGAUCCGAUAGAACAGCCUCCGAAACCUGCAAAAUUUUUCACAGGACGACCGAGAAUCCAUGAAUUUCCAUGCAGGGAAAACCUACCAGAACCUAUUAUUCAGCCCAAAAACGCCUGCCUAUCCAAACACUACACGACAGUACGUUCCAUAGUACACGCAACUGAUGGUGAAUUGAAUGAUCGAUGCCAACACUGCGUCUAUUGCAAUAGAGUCGACAAAAUACGGAAACUGUCCAACCUGGUGCAAAACCAACGCAAGCCUGCUACAGUUCCGAACGAAGUGUACGACUUCGACGCUGAUAAAGAGGACUCUCACGAAAACACUAGACUUUACAAUUUCAGGCAGAAUCGAAAGGCCAAAAUUCUUGAACCGUCAAAAGACGGGCCGAAAGACCCCGUCUAUUUAGACGUGCUCCCACCAACGAAUCCUCAUAUAAUUGAAAUAACGUCUGUGCAAAUGCCAAACCAAAGCAAACCUAUGCUUCGAGCAAGGCUAAUCCGUAAAACGGACGCUAAUUUGGAGAAUGAAUUCUCCCUUAUCGAGCACGAGAAUCUUUUAGAUCAGUUGUUGGAAAUAAAAAUCGCAAACUCUGAUCAGACAGCUAAGAAAAACGUUACAGCUCCAGUUGAACAGACGGAAGAAGUGGCAGGGCCGUCGAAUGCCGACGCUGUUCAAAGUGAUGCGACAGACAACACAGAAGACAUGGAAUUGAAUUACGAGACUGAUGAUUCAACGGAAUUCCUGGCGAGGUUGCAGACGAGACUAAAUACUCGAAAGAGGGCUGAGCAGUCGAAUGUUCGGACAAAGUUUGGUGAGAAGUCUGGUGAGAGGUCGGUUGAAAAGUCUGGUGGGAAGUCGACUGAAAAGACCACUGAGAAGGUGACUGAAAAGCUCGCUGAAAAGUUGAUUGAAAAGCUCGCUGAAAAGUUGAUUGAAAAGGCAGGAGAGAAGUCUACAGAAAAGCACAUCGAAAAGCCGGCCGAAAAGUCGGCUGAGAAGUCUUCAGACAAGUCGAGUGUGGCAAAGAAAUUGCCACGCGCGGAGGCUAAGAAGCCUGAACCUGUGAAAAAGACCAAGACUGGACUGCGAAAGGGCCACGAAGAAACUAUGCGCGUCGAGCUGCCCAAGAGCUACAUCAUGGAUCACUUGAACCGCUGCUUCAGGGAAGCGCCGAUAUUUUACCCGACCGAAGACGAGUUCUUGGACCCAUUAGCGUACUUCGAGAAGAUAUACCCAGUGGCAUCCCAAUUCGGCCUCUGCAAGGUGGUGGCGCCCGCUGGCUUCAGGCCGAAGUGUACCAUCACCGAUGACAUCAGAUUCAACGUCGCCAACCAGUACAUAUCGAGGCUGUACUGCCGAUGGGGGGCAGCGUCCAGGGAGAUGUGCGCUAUCAAGGCGUACCUGGCUGAACAGAAGGUCUUCUUCACGAGACCGCCUCUGAUCGAAGGCAUUGAGUUGAAUUUGCCCAAGCUAUACCGCACUGUGCAACGGCACGGCGGACUCAAAAAAGUGAUUGAAAAGAAACGCUGGGGCCGCGUGGCAGAAGACAUGCGCUUCCCGCGCGGACCGCGGUCCGCUAAACGCAUCGACCAGCUCUACGUGAAACAUCUAUUGCCCUAUGACACCUUGUCCAGUGCCGAACGCCGGGAGCUAAUGGAUACAGUUGAGAAUUCCUGGAACCGUAACUAUAAAAAGAUGCUUAACCGGGCAUCGAACCCGCUGCACCGGCAGAAGCGCCUCAUGGGCGAGUCUGAGUCCUCGGACGAAAUGGAGGAUGAAGACGCCAACUUGGCGUACGCUCUAGCGGAGGCAGAAGAUUGCGUCGUCACUGGACGCUGCAUGAAGCUUUCGGUCUUCAAGAAGGUGGCAUCGAAUGUGCUUUGCACGUUAUUCCCCAAUUCGGAGCUGCCGAGUCCCGCAGAGGUGGAAGCCGAAUACUGGGCCCUAGUCGCAGGUGCCACGGAGCAUGUGUGCGUCAACGCGGCUUCAAUCGACACCGGCGAGGAAGGGUACGGCUUCCCGCGCGCCAAGCACGACCCGCUCUCCAGACAUCCUUGGAACCUGAAGAUGUUCAGCCAGAACAGCGGCAACGUUCUCCGUUCGCUCGGCCCAGUGCUGGGCGUGACGGUGCCCACGCUUCACCUCGGCAUGGUGUUCUCGACCAGUUGCUGGCACCGCGACCCGCACGGCUUGCCCUGGGUCGAAUACAUGCACCAGGGGCCAGGGAAGAUAUGGUACGGAAUCCCCGACGAGCUCAGCGCGGAGUUCCGGAAGGCAGUCGAGACAUUAUGCCCGACCUCAUGUCAGAACAAAUCAAUAUGGCUGCCGUCUGACAUCACCAUGAUACCGCCGCCAUUGCUGCACGCCGCACGCGUGCCGCUUUCGCGCGUGGUACAAAACCCCGGCGAGUUCAUAGUGGUCUGCCCCAAAGCGUAUUCUUCGUCUAUAGCGACGGGGUACACUGAAUCUGAAAGCGUGUACUUCGCGCCCACUCAAUGGCUUACGGAUGUCACAGCUGUUUUCCAGGAACUCCGCGCCAGCUGCGAGCCGACCAUGUUUUCUCUGGAGCAGCUGCUUCUAGCGGUGGCGCUGGACGAACGCGUGCCCGCGCACGUGUUAGCUGGCGUGCACGCAAACUUGCGCGAUGUGGUCUCCACAGAGCUGGCACGCCGCGACCAGCUCAUGAAGUACGGCGUUGAGCUGGCUACGCCUGAGCAAUACCGGCUGAUGAACUGCAACCAGGCGCGGAAGCGACCGGCCGGUGCGUGGAACGUUCGCGAGCAAGACGAGUGCGAGAUUUGCCGCACGACGCUGUAUCUCUCGAAGGUGACGGGGCUGACGAGCAAGCGGUCGUCUCUCUGCCUGGAGCAUGCUCUCCUGCUGUUAGACAAGGACAGAGAACGCUACUUACAAAGCGUGGAUGGAGUGGUGGCUACCUUUUUCGUUCUGCACGCCGAGUUGGAAGACGCAGUGCGACGCGUCAAAGAGCGUAUGGAGACUUAAAGCUACUUAAAAGUAUUCGGUGUUUUAUUGUCAAUGGAUUAAGUCACAUUUUACUGUGUAUCGGUAUACCAAAUUUAGAAUCAGGUCAUAUAAGAGUAGUUUUAAAAUCUUAAAGACUUAUUAAUAUCGGGUGAAAUUAAUUUGUUGCUCAAUUUUUUUUUUGUAAUGUAUUAUUAUUUUGACUUUGAACAUAGUCUGACCAUUAUUAUUUAGUUUGGUCGAUAUUUUUGUUUAACUGCCAAUUAGAAACUUAGUCGUAUUCAUUAUUUGAAUUAGCUAGUGGACAAAAUUUCUAUUAUUUGUCCGUUAGACAGACAAUAAGAAAAUAUUGGACACGUAUUUUUUCUUUUCUUUUAAAAUUAAAUAAUAACAGUGCUCCAUCAAGCUGAAACGGCGCGUGACGUCACGCCUAGUUAGAUUUUUUACCUAGUAGUGAUGUCACGUGAAUUUUCAAUAAAAUAUAAUAGUGUAAUUAUUCGAUUAUGCAAAAUAAAUACGUGUCCAAUAUUUUUUUAUUAUCUUUCUGACGGAAUAAAUACAAUUUAGAUUCUCAUACCCAGUCCACACCCCUAAUGUGUAAAUAUAAAAAAAACUUACAAAUCUGGCCGAAUGUACCGUAAAAUACAGGGUGACUAUUUGUAAGGUACUUAGUGUACUAUAGCUGCAGCAUUAAUUUAAUGGCCAUCCUGUAUAUACAAAGUCACUUCAUCUUGCCAUGUGAAAUCUUAAGUUUUUUAGUUUAUUGACUAAUUGUAUUUUUUGGAUAGUACUUAUACUUAACCCGUAGUUAAUAUGUAGUAAGUAACAGAUUUCAUUAUUAACUAGUAUGAAAUUUGACUUUAAAUCGUGUGUAGGUAUUAGACUUAUUAUGUAAUCAUAAGGGCAUGAAAUAAAGAAAGUAUAUUUUUCCAAUGAAAUUCAAAAAUGUAAAGAAUCGGCUGAUUUGAGCAGCUGAAAUCAAUGGCUUUAAUAAUACAUGAUGUACAUUUUUGACACAUGUAAAAAUGUAGUUAUACCAAAAUUAGAUAUUACUGAUGUUCUACUUAUCCGAGUUACCAACCGCGCGGGCGUAAGCGUACAUAAGCGUGACUGUAAGGCCCAGAACAGACGGUGAAACGUAACUGCAACGAAACUGCAACUGCUAGUUACUUUUGAGUUGCAUCUAAGUUUCUGCCAUAGCGUCCGUUGAGAGACCACACAUGACGCGACCAGUUUGAAACUUUCAGUUUCAGUUUCAUUCAUAAGAAUCAUCAGAAAGUUGCAGUUUCGUUGCAGUUGCGUUUCACCGUCUGUUCUGGGCCUUAAACCACGCUCAUACGGACCCACGGUCAAGCUAGUGUCAUUAACAAACGGCGAGUAUUCGAUGCUUUAUUUGGGCUAGUUAUUGCCGCAGUCAAAUGGAUAUAGUAGAACAUCGCCAGUCUUAAAUAUUUGCGUUAUUUCUAGCUUUUGCAACGUAGUUGAAGCGUAUUAGGAAUACAUAUACGUCAAUUUGAUGCUCAACGCCUAAACUCAUGGUGCUAAUGGACUAUGUUCACUUGCAGUCAUGUUCUAUUGUAAGUCAUUUUGAUAUGAUAUUAUGAUGCAUCAUUGUUGUAUUUGUUAAUUAACACUCUCACGAAUUUCUGUUUUUAUGAUAUCCUGAGUAAUUUUAAAUUUUCAUAUGCACCUUUGUCAACGAAUAUUGAAAAAAAAAGCUGCCUUACUUUUUGGUAUUCAUUUUAGUUUAUUCUGAACAUGCCAGUUAGACUGUCAAAUUAGAGACACUGUCUUAUUUUUUUAUUACAGCUGUUCCUGUACUCGUAAUUAAAUUUCAACGUAACCUAAAUUGUUAUUAAUUAGCCAAUCCCUGCUUUCAAGAAGCUUAGCUUGAGCAUGAGCUUAAAUUAUGAAUGUAUUACAGACUGCAAGUGGACAAAGGUGGGUCCUAAAUUAAAUGAUAUAAAUGCCGAUUUACACGUUUUAAGUAGUUAAGUAGGUAACUAUAUUU